CUGUGCGUGGGUAGUCCGUGCAACCACAACCAACAAACCAGAACAACCACAACAGCAGUGCCACUGCUACCGUAUUGGAUCCAUCCAUGUCACUUGCCCUCCAUAAUAUAUCUACUGGUUGACACUCUACUGUAUUGUUGGAAGACAUCCAGUUUUUAACCGUAUUGAUGAAGUAUGAUGUUGUGCUGGUCGUGAUAUCGUUCCUGUCCAGUUGCUGGAGUUCUAGAUCCUUUCUUCCCACAAGCUCUCUUCAGAGACGACAAGGGAGGAGAAUACCCACAAAAUCUCCUGAUGGGAUCACCCAUGCUUACAAGGAUGGAAACACAGACCCAAAAUUUCGAAGAAAGGUGCGAGGACGACAACCACAAAGAACCAAGAAGCAGCACGAGUUUGCCCAGAUUCUGAAACCAUUUCGGACACCCCAGGAAAUUGAUGCCUGGAUGCAAGGUCUCGUCACAGUACAACAAAGACAAUCCAACAACACUACAGUCCUUUCAGUAUUUCCUCCGACUUCUUGGUCGUCGCGUGACGAGACGGACUUUAUUCGAUUUCUACGCGACCGGCAAGCCUUUUUGGGGUUAGAAUUGUUUGCCUGUCAUUUGGCACGCCAGAAUGUGUUUGUCUACACGGCCGCCAUUUCCUCCUUGGCAACCUCCAAACAACGCAAUGUACGCAACCGAGUCCAUUCUCUACUACAAUCCAUGGAUGAUGCCCAGGUGCUGCCUUCAGCCCUCACGUUUGCGGCACUCUUUCAAGCCACGGAUGGUCCGGAAGAAGCCAAACAAAUGAUGACUCGACUACAACACAACUACCAAGAAACCACCUGGUCCGUCGAGGCAUUCCAUCAAGCCAUUUUGGCGUGUGCUCGAACUAGAAAAAAUUCUAGACAUAAACCAUCCAACAAAAGCUGGCAAACGGCGCUCGAAUUUACCCACAACCUCCGACGAAACGGUCUUACUCCCAAUGUCAAGACAUACUCGUCCCUGCUCCAUGUCUGUGCCCGGACGGGACAAUUACGAAUUGCCAUGUCGCUCAUGAAAGAACUGCAAUCUACUACAAGCCUGACAGCCAAUCAAAAAGUUUGGACCAAUCUGCUGAAUGUCUGUGCGGUCGCGGGAGAUUACAGUCAAGCCAAUCAAGUCAUUCAGACCAUGCAGACGGAAGGACAUGCCAUCAAAUUGGCACAUUGCAGUGCACUCCUCAAAGCACUGUCCAAACAUGGCAUGGUGGAACUGUCCAUGGCGCUUCUCGACAUGAUGACGGAUUGGGAUGGAACCAAUACGAAUAAUAAGGAACUACAACUACAAUCCACAACAGAGCUGGUGAAAUUAAGGUCACCGGUAGCACCGGACCUUGUCGCCCUCAAUACGAUACUGGCCAGCUGCGCCAAAGCGGGAGACUUUGAGGCAGCCAGGGCAUUGUUGGAUCGAAUGAAAAAUGGAGAAUUUCAUGUGCCAACAAGGACAACCCAGCCAAUCUACCCGGAUGAAAUUAGUUAUUCUCUACUGUUAUCCUCGUGCCGAGACACCAGUACAGCAAGAGGCAUUCUGAAGGAGAUGCAUCUCUCGAGACGGCACAGAGUGGGUGUCGUUCGACCCAAUCAAAUCACCUAUGCGCGUCUCAUUGCUGUUUGUACCAAAGCCGAUGUGCCAGAUAUCGACACGGCACGGUUCUUCUUAGAAAGUGCUCGCAAGGAUGGGAUCGAACCAACUGUGUUCAUGUACACGGCGGCGAUAUGGACCGCAGAGAAAACUGCCAACUACACGGUGGCCAGAGAGUUUUGGGACGAAAUGAAGCAAGAAAGGGUCGUGCCCAAUGCCGUUUCCUAUUCCGGUGUAAUUUCUGCCGCCGCAAGAGCUGGAUUGAUGCACGAAGCAAUCACUUUGUAUAGGGAAAUGAAGAGCGCAGGUUGCUCUCCCACGGUCGCAACAUACAAUGCAUUGGCACUGGCUUGCAAGUAUUCCAAAACCGACAACAAACUGGUCCAGUUAGAAGGAGUCUUCAAAUCAAUGGAUUCUUCGGAUCUAAAUGUCGACGUCGGUGGAGCUGUUAUAGAAGCACUCAUUGCAGAGUAUGGAAGGCAAGGGUCCUAUGAGAGAGCCAAGCAGAUUUUUGAUAAGAUCGAAGGACCAAGCAAUGGUCCAUGCUUGCGUGCAAUGCUAAGUGCCUGUGCGACAGCCGGUUCCGGUUCAAAGUGGGAGGAGGCCAUUGCGAUGUUGCACUCGAGUGACAUUACAGCGACCGCGAUUGGACCAGGAGAAAUGGAUCAGGGAGCGUUAAGCAAUGCUAUGAUCGCAUGCUCUAAGGCUGACCGUUGGCAAGAAGGCUUGAAUCUGCUGCAACUGUACGGUGUGAACACGGAGAGCAGGUAUGAUGCCGUCUCCAUCGUUGCAUUGAACUCUCUGAUGGGGGCAUGUGGGAGGAAAGGUCGACCCGAUAUUGCCAUUGACGUACUCAAUAGCAUGGAGAGGCGUUAUGGCGUAAAACCUGAUGAGCAUAGCUAUCGCAGUGUUAUCAUUGGAUGUAACCAAGCCGAGCACCAGCGGCGCCGGCAACCAAGAAAACCAGAGGUUCCCGGUACGCCGGAAAUGACCGAAGAGCUUGAAUUUGAGUGGUGGGAGUGCUGCCUUGCGUUACUGCGCCGAAUGAAAGAAGAUGGGCUGAAGCCUGAUAUUCAGACGCUGAGUUCCUGCAUAAGUGCGUGCGAAGCUGCGGGACAGUGGCAGCGUGCUGUUGGUAUUCUCCAGACCGUGAUUGAUAAUGCAGAUGAAGACGAAGAAGAGUUCCUGAACUUGUUCUGCUUCAACGCAGCCAUUUCUUCCUGUGAGAAGGGAGGUGCUUGGGUUGAGGCUUUGGAGAUCUACGAGCGAAUGGUGAGCUAUGGAGGGCCGCUGCAACCAAACUUUGUCACGCUGAGUUCGCUGGUGUUGGCGCUUGCCAAUGCGGGGCAAAAGGAGCUGGCACAGAGCAAAUACAGGCAGGGUUUCAGGAUGAAUAUUGUCAAUCCGUGGCGUACCACGAAAGAUUCCCAAGGCAAGCAGUUGAAGGCAAUGGACCUUCACCUGUUCAACCGUGCAAUGGCUUGCAGCGCUAUCAGGAGUCAUCUGGACUCGCUCCUGGCUCGCGGGGAUGAAUCUCAAGUCACUGACAGUCUGGUAGUAAUUGUGGGAAAAGGCCUACGAAGCCAAGAAGGAGUGAAGCUGCUCCCAGUCGUUGAAGAGCUUUUGAGCAAGGAGUACGGGAUUGUUGGCAAUCUCGAUGGAAACAACAGCGGUCGUCUUGUUAUUGACGCGGAAACCCUUCGAAGCCUCGUGGCCAGCAGAAGCUUCUUUGGUUCCUGAAAAGGUGAAUUUGCAGGGAUGCACCAUUCCUGGCUACCUGUACCCGUACGAAUGGCUACGCAUCACGAGCACUGAGUACAGGGCCACAGUUGUUUACAUGCAAUUGGAAGCUAAUGCAUUAACCAGGCGCUUCAAUAGCAAAAGAGGAGAUCGCAGGGAUGCACCCUUUCUGGUUCCUCAUCAUGAUUACUGAGCAGCCCUGCAUGAACCACGCGGCCAUGCACGGAAGAGUCUACGAGCUAACCGAGGGAAACUAUGGUUUGUAGGAUGAAUAUCGCCAAAUGAAGGGAAGUUGAAACAUCCAGAGAGUACUUAGUUUGUGUUCAAGAUACCGGUACCAGGUACGAGGGGAGCACAGCUCCAACCUCCUGCUAGGGUCCAUUCGUUCCUUUGUC